UCAUUCUGGUACACUGGCUGCUCACAGUGUGGGGAUGCAUGAAUUACAUGUUUCCAGCCUCCUAUGCCUGGGGAAAUUUCACUGUCCUUGCAGUGGGGAUCUGGGCCAUUGUGCAGCGAGAUUCUCUUGAUGCCAUCAUGAUGUUCCUGACUGGCCUGCUACUCACAGUCCUCACAGACAUCAUUCACGUCUCUGUCUUCUACCCUCCAGACUAUCUCACUGAUAGGAAGCGUUUCAGUAUAGGCAUGGCCAUCUUCAGCCUCCUCCUCAAACCCGUGUCCUGCUAUUUGGUGUAUCGAAUGUAUCGGGAGCGUGGAGGAGAGUACACCUUUAACAUAGGUGUCACCCGUGCAGGCCAGGAUCGCAGCGCCUAUGAGCCAAUUGAUCAGCAGGAUGCCCCUCCACAGUGGCCUGACUCAAGCAAGACAGCCCAGCAGCCGUACUGAGGCCCUCUUGGCAACAGAGAACAGACUCUUCCCUUGCCCAGUCUAGCCUUCCACUCUGCCC